AUGAAAUCAAUUUGUUUUGAAUUGGAUGCAAAUAAUUAAAAAUAUUAAUUUGUUAAAAUGUCUUUAAGAGGAAAUAAGAAAUAAACCUAAACAGUCUAAUAAUCAGAUUCAUUAUGGAGGUUAAUCAAAGUAGUACCUGCAGACACAAUGAGAAUAUUGAUAAAAGUACUUCAGAUAUAAACAUCUCACAUCCUUUUUCUGGUGUUUUAAGAAUAUAAAUUCCAACGUUUGUAAGUGAAUAUGAAACUAAUUUCCAAACAUAAAUCUUAAUAGGAAUUAAGAAAUAAGAAUCAAAGUAACUGAUAUUCAAAUUAAUGAAAUCGUUAUUUAUUUUUAUUAUAAGUUUAGUAAAUAUAAUAUGAAAUUUAUAGUUAAAAGAGAAAAUAAUAAUAGGUUAAAAAAUAAAAUUAAGCUACUUAAAUUUUCGAACAAACAAAAUUAAUGGAUAUAUGCUUCAUAAGAAAAUUUUUUAAGACCUUGGAUUAAGACAUAUUGGAGGUUAAAGUAAAGGAAGCGAAAGAGUUGA